AUGGCGGACGAACAACCAUCGGAAAUGUUAGAAUUGCCGCCAGAAAGCUACACGGUCGGCUGGAUUUGUGCAAUACCGUGUGAAUUGACCGCGGCACGGGAAUUACUCGACGCAUGCCAUGAGCAGCUGGAAAGCCAGGCCAAGCACGACGAAAAUAACUACAUAUUAGGGCGCAUGGGGAAGCACAAUGUGGCCAUUGCCUGCCUCCCGGAGUAUGGGACCAACCGCGCGGCUAUUGCUGCUAAAUCGAUGCAAUCCACAUUUCCGAAUUUGAGAUUUGGCGUGCUGGUUGGCGUUGGAGGUGGUGUGCCGAGUGCGCAGAAUGACAUUCGACUUGGUGAUAUCGCUGUGUCCCUACCAUCUGGACAGGACGGGGGCGUAAUACAGUAUGACCUGGGUAGAAGGGAAGUUGACGGCUUCCAUCGCCGAGGUACUCUCAACAAGCCUCCUACGUUGCUACGGACGGCUAUCACUAACUUGCGAGCCAUACGCAAGUUGCCGCAAGAGAUUUCAAACCUGGUCAACGAAGUAUUUGGCGGGGAUGAAGAUUCGGAAGAGGAGUGGACAUAUCCCAGCAACUCGAAGGACAUCUUAUUCAAGCCCGCUCACAAACAUGUUAAUAAGAAUCCUGAUUGCGAUGCUUGUGUCAGAGAUCCGACUGGAAUAGUGACCUGGGACCCUCGCCGUGGCACCAAUCCCAGAAUCCACUAUGGCAACAUUGGUUCGGGGAACGCAGUGAUAAAGGAUGCCCUAGAGCGGGACUUCCUGGCCGGAAGAGACAGCAUUCUCUGCUUUGAGAUGGAAGCUGCCGGCUUGAUGGAUGACUUUCCCUGUGUGGUCAUCCGGGGGAUCUGUGAUUACGCUGAUUCGCAUAAGAACAAGAAAUGGCAGCCAUACGCAGCCGCUAUCGCUGCUGCAUAUGCGAAGAAACUCCUGUCUGUGAUUUCCCCUCAAGCGGUUGAUAACCUAAGUCCCAUUGGAACUCAAAUUGUCAGUGAACUGAAAGGUAUGAAUGAACGCCUGGAAAAAGCAUUCAAUCAACAGGAGAGUCAUCAUCGUGAACAAAUCACGAGAGCUAUGACUGAAGAUCAACGCCGCUGUUUACAAGCAUUCAAGACGUCAACAUAUGAGCAAUAUAAAAAUAUCAACCCCAAUCGAGUCGAAGGAACAUGCGAGUGGGUCCUGAAGAGUUCGGAGUACCUGCGGUGGCGGGAGAACGGCGGUCAUGAUCUCUUAUGGAUCUCAGCCGAUCCGGGAUGUGGUAAAUCGGUCCUGGCCAAGUCUCUCAUUGAUGAGGUCUUUCAGGCUUCUAUGCCGACGGUGUCGAUUUGUUAUUUCUUUUUCAAGGAUAAUGAGGAACAGAACAGUCUGGCCACUGCAUUGUGUGCUCUCUUGCAUCAACUGUUUUCAUUGCAACCAGAUUUGUUGCGACAUGCAUUGCCAUCCUGGGAAAGGAAUCUCGAGAAAAUCCAGCAGGAAGUGGAAGAUUUAUGGCGCAUUUUCAUCGCCGCCACGUCUGAUCCGGCAUCGGUGAACACAAUCUGUGUCUUUGACGCUCUAGAUGAGUGUCGGAGGUCGGACCAGAAACAGCUCAUUGGAAAGCUUCAACAGUAUUAUACCAAGCAUCAACCAUCUCCAUCGAGAAACUGGCUCAAGUUCCUGGUGACUAGUCGACCGUAUGAUGAGAUUGAAGAAGAUUUUCAGCCCGUCAUUGAAUUGUUCCCCCAAAUUCACCUGCGAGGCGAGGAAGAAAAUGAUCAAAUCCGUGAUGAAAUUACUCAUGUUGUAAAGAUCCGAGUGUCCGAACUCGGCAAACAGUUAAAACUGACAGCAGAGGUCAAGGCACGUUUAGAGAAAGCGCUGCUGGAAAUGGAGCACCGCACAUAUUUAUGGCUGUAUUUGGCGAUCGAUGACAUCCGUACCAUGUAUAAAGAGAGUCUCCGGCCAGAUCAAGAGUCGGUUCCCUUGAUUCCUAAAUCAGUGAAUGAAGCAUACGGAAGGAUUCUAGACCGCGUGACUGAGAGACAAGAAGCAAUGGUAAAAACAAUAUUACACAUCAUCGUGGGCGCACGGCGGCCAUUGACCGUUAUAGAAAUGGCUAUGGCCUUGGGAGUGGCUAUUACAGCGCGUGCGCGAAGAGCGGAGGAGGCAGGCCUAGAUCCAGAAGGACUAAGUGAAACGAUCCGGCGACUGUGCGGGCUCUUUGUUUUUAUCAAGGAUUCCCGAAUCUAUCUUAUUCACCAAACCGCCAGGGAAUUUCUGAUCAACCAAGUUCCUGGAUCUCCUAGCUACAAAUGGUAUCUUCAACCCAGCGAUACGGAAAUCCAGCUCACGCAAAUUUGCAUCAAGUACCUAUUGAUGGAUGAUCUAGUCAGCAAUAGGCGCGAAGCAAAACAGAGCUUCCUAGGAUACUGUGCCCAGAACUGGCCUGAUCACUUCCGACUCAUUUCCUCACCGACGCCUGAACUGGUAACGUCUGUCAUUCAAUUAUACGAUCAUACCACUAAACCAAUGGAUUUGUGGUUUCCUAUCUUCUGGGAAACAGCAAUGCCGUAUCGUAAAAGGCCUCAGAUGAACGCGCUUCACGUAUCCGCAUUUAAUGGGCACGAUGUUGUGAUAAGCAAACUGAGCACGGAUGGCAAAAGUGUAAUAAAUGAGCGAGAUAGUACCGGGGCGAAUGCGCUUCAAUGGGCAUCUCUUCGUGGACAUUUUAAGAGUGUGCAGAGAUUGCUAGAGAAAGGAGCCGAAGUCAAUGCUCAAGGCGGAAGGUAUGGCAAUGCUCUCCAGGCUGCUUCUUUUGAAGGACAUAUUGAGAUCGUGCAGAUAUUGCUAGAGAGAGGAGCUGAAGUCAAUGCUCAAGGUGGAGAAUAUGGCAAUGCUCUCCAGGCUGCUUCUUUAGAAGGACAUGUUGAGAUUGUGCAGAGAUUACCAGAGAAAGGAGCCGAAGUCAAUGCUCAAGGUGGAAGGUAUGGCAAUGCUCUCCAGGCUGCUUCUUCAGGAGGACAUAUUGAGAUUGUGCAGAAAUUACUAGAGAAAGGAGCCGAAGUCAAUGCUCAAGGUGGAGACUAUGGCAAUGCUCUCCUGGUUGCUUCUUACAGAGGACAUGUUGAGGUUGUGCAGAGAUUACUAGAGAGAGGAGCCGAAGUCAAUGCUCAAGGUGGAUUCUAUGGUAAUGCUCUCCAGGCUGCUUCUUCAGGAGGACAUAUUGAGAUAGUGCAGAGAUUGCUAGAGAAAGGAGCUGAAGUCAAUGCUCAAGGUGGAGACUAUGGCAAUGCUCUCCUGGCUGCUUCUUCAGGAGGACAUGUUGAUGUUGUCCAAGUACUGCAGAAGUAUGUGUCAACAAACUAA